CCUGUUGGUUUCUAACCUAAAAAUUUAUAGUCAAAAAUUGAAAAUCUAGUUUUAUUUAAAAAAUGAAUAAGUCUUGGAGAACGUAUUUACUAUGGUUUGCUCAAGAACACAUUGAAUUCAGAUUUGCAGAAAUAGAUUCCCUGCUGUCACUUUUCAGCAUUGAAAUGAGGUUUGCGCAAAAGCCCAACAACGAACCGUAUUGGAUUGUAGAAUUUGCUUCUGAAAACGAUGUCAAAUUAUUAGCCAGUAGGUCUGUAUCUCUACGAAACUGUCUAGAACUAUGGGGUCAUGAGAAAGAUAUGUGGAAACUACAUGAAAAGCUUAAAUGCUACCCAAAGCAUUUAAUGGAUCCAUAUUUUCAACCCAACAUAUCCUUCAAGAUCGAAGUAGAAACUUUCUGCAGACAUUUCACUCAAAAACAAAAAGUUGAUAAGUUAGAGACUUUCAGUUAUUUACCAGUACAAGGACCAGUUAAUUUGAAGAACCCAGAUGUUACUUUACAGUAUAUUGAGUAUUAUGGAACUGUAGCGAAUAAUCCUCCUGAAUUACCAUAUGAUGUAUUCUUUGGCAGAUGGGUUGCUAGUGGAUUAAGACAACUGAUAAGGAAGUUUUCUCUAAAAACUAGGAAAUUUAUUGGUAACACCAGUAUGGAUCCCCAAUUAUCACUGUUAAUGGCAAAUCAAGCUUGUGUGAAAGAUGGGGAUAUUGUAUUAGACCCUUUUGUAGGUAGCGGGUCACUUUUAGUAGCGGCUGCAGAAUUUGGUGGUUAUGUUUUUGGCACCGAUAUUGAUUACCUGAUGUUACAUGGAAGAACGAGGCCCUCUAGAAUAACGCAAAAGAGAAGAGAAAAAGAUGAAAGUAUAAGAGCAAACAUGAGGCAAUAUAACUUGGAGCAUAAAUAUUUGGAUGUCUUGGUCAAUGAUUUUUCAGUGCCGUUUUGGAAAAAUGACUGCCAAUUCGACGCAAUCAUCACAGAUCCCCCUUACGGUAUCAGGGAGGCCACCGAAAGAGUCGGUACUAGCAAGGAAAAUUAUACAGUGAGCGAGGAGCAUUUAUCUACACAUAUACCUGCAAAAAUUGAGUACGGAAUAUCAAAUAUUUAUAGAGACCUCCUUUUAUUCUCUGCAAAUCAUUUGAAGGUGGGAGGGCGUGUAGUAUGUUGGUUUCCAGUAUUUAGAGAAGAUUAUAACGAAAAUGGUCUCCCUACUCAUCCAUGCCUAAGGUUAAUAGCAAAUUGCGAGCAAGCUCUAAGCAAAGUAACAUCUCGAAGGCUACUAACUUUUGUGAAAGUUAGACAACCGACAGAAGCAGAACUUGAUUUAAAACAUAACGAAAUAACUGACUUCAGAGAAAAAUAUUUUAUUAUACGAGAGGAAACGAGGAAAGAAAAAAGAAUGAGGGAAGCCCAAGUCCGAGAAGAAAAUAGGUUACGACAUGAACGAGACAACACAGUGAAUGCUUAGAAUAAUUUUUUAUUAAAAUUUCAUAGGUUUUAUACUUAAGAAGAAAUAUUUUAUGAAGUUGUUUAUUAAAAAAUAAA